GGCAGCGGCGGCGGCGGCGGACGGGGCAGGGCCGGAGCCGCGCAGCGGCGGCAGCGCCAUGGGGCUGGAGACGGAGAAGGUGGACACCCGCAUCUUCAUGGACGACGACGACAACUUCCCGCGGAGCGGCGGCCCCGCGCUGUCGGAGGCAGAGAAGUGCGCGGAGGACGAGCUGGACCGCGACCCCCACGGGCUGAACUCCCACCUGCAGCUGGGGUUCGAGGAUGUGAUCGCGGAGCCCGAGCUCACCCACUCCUUCGACAAGGUCUGGAUCUGCAGCCACGCUCUGUUUGAGCUCAGCAAGUACGUGAUCUACAAGGUCCUGACUCUGGUCCUCGCCAUACCGCUGGCCCUGGUUGUGGGGAUCGUCUUCGCGACGCUCAGCUGCCUCCACAUCUGGGUUGUGGUGCCUUUUGUGAAAACCUGUCUCAUGGUCCUGCCUUCAGUGCAAACUGUAUGGAAGAGCCUGACAGAUGUUUUUGUUGUACCAUUCUUUCAGAGUCUAGGCCGGUGCUUUGCCAUGGUUAAUAUACGCCUGGACCAAGAGUAAACAUCAGAGAUGUGACACUGCUGUAGCUGUAGCUGGUGUUAUACUUCUUUGCUAACCUAACAUUCAAGUACUUACAAUUCAUUCCAAACUGUUAAAUUACAAUGGCUGGUUUAAGUGGGAACAUGCUGUUUUUAUUAAAAUUCAUUUAUUAUCAGGGAGAUCCAUUUAAGAAUUAGUAGACAGUUUUCAUAGCUCACUAUUUUAACAGCAGAGUGAUUGUGGAGUAUAUUGGCAACACUUUAUUUUAAUGGUAGGUUGAUUGGUAGAUUACAGGAGAAUUCUCAUGGAGGAUUAAAAGCCACCACAGUGAUAAUGACUGGUGUUACUACUAUAAAUAAAUCAAUGAAUAGUCUGUGAUACCUUACACAAAACUGAUCUCUAGGGUUUCACAUUGACUUCACUGCUGUUCCACCAGGGAUCAUUUUUGGCCUUGCUAUGCAGAAUGAUAAACCCAGUCCUCUGUUAUCAGCAGUUAAAGUGAAUGUGACUCACUGCAUAAACAUACAGGGAAAGGAACUGUUGUGUAAUCCUCCCAUACUGGGGGAGAAGCUCCCUAGAAAUUUAUCCCUUAAAAUAAGGUGUUAGCUAAUGAUCUGUAACAUUAGCUAAUCUGUAUAUUUUAUUUAAUGAGAGAUUAACUUUGCUGUAUAUUUUGUACCUUUGUAAAUGACAGUUGAUGAGGUUUUUAUGAAGCAUAGGUUCUCUAGUAUUUGAAUUCUAACCAACUUAUUAAGCAUCAAGAGUGAGACAGUGCAAAAAUUACUUUAGAUAACUUAAAUUUCCUUUUCUAAAUUAAGUAGAUUUUGAGUGUUGCUGUGCAAUUCUAAUAUAUUAAUUAUAUAUGAUAGUGUGUAAAAGCAAAGAUUAUGAGUGUUUUCAUACACAAUUAUGCAAAAGACUUGGAAAUAUCUGUUUAUGAGAAAUGGUUUUUAUUAAAAAUUGUGUGUAAUAAAUGCUACCCUGCCUAUUUCUGUAUAUUAUUAGGGUGAACAUUGUGAUAUUUAAAACAAUAGACCCUAUCCUAGCACUUUAACUAGGUAGCAAGCUCUCAUAGAAGGCGAGUGUACUCAGUAUCCUUGUCUAAUUCUCCUAACCGAUUGACUUGACUCCCUAUAUUGCUUAUUUACUAUUUCAAAGCUUAACCCCUGAAAAAGACACUUCCUUUCUUCUAAUACACCUUCUAAUUUUGAUGCACCUAAUAUGAAUUUUUAAGCCAGAAUAACAGAAUAUGUGCAGAGGUACAUUAAAAUUACAUUGGCCUUCUGGUGGGCUUAUGCUGCUGUUUUAUUUAAAUACAGAUGGUAAGUUCCAAUUGUAAAAUAUUUGUAUGAUUUAGAAUGUUAUUUUCUAAAGUGAUGUUUCAAAUUUCUUAUCAAACAAGAGGUAUCUAAUAAAAUAAUAAAUAUCAGCUGUUUCCCAUUUUCAACUUCAUUUCUUUUCAGGUUUGUCAGCUUUUAAACAGACUCUUAAAAUGCCAAACAGCAUAGAAUACUAUGCAGUUCUUCCAAAAUACAUGAGAGGUAAAGAAAUGAAUGAGUAUCAAUACAGUUCCACUAUUAUCAACUGCAUUUAACGUAUUUAUAGUAGAAAAUUGCAUAUCUUUUGGCAGUUAAGCCCAUACAGAAUGAUUGCUUUCUCUGAAGUAGGUCUCUCUGCAGAAUUUCAACAUUCAAAAUAAUGCUUAAUAUUUUUACAGGCACAUGCUUUAUUUACAGAUGAGCUGCAAAAUUUUCCUUUUCUUGUCUGUUGGCCUAUUAAAGCUACCUAACACUGUAUAUUCUUUGUAUAUUAAGAACAUCUUUGUAUAUUAAAAGUAUUUUUAGCAUUUGUGUCAUUUAGAAAGGGAUUCAUAUGGCUUUAAAAAAACUGGAUCUUAAUGAUUAGUGUCCAUGGAAACUUCUCUUGUUCUUUUUUAUUCUGCAAGAAGUUAGCUUGUUUUUCAGAUGUGUUCUUCAAAAUACCUUUCUUGUGUUAAAAAUGGAAAUAACUCUUUUGAAAAUAAAAAUUGGCCAGGGUAGGCUUGAACUCUUUUGAGAGUUAUUUUCUUUUACAGCAUCCAAGGAGUUUUACAAAGAUAUUUUCCACUGAAAAAUAUCCAUUUGAUGAAUUAAUUUAAAAGAGAAAAAUAAAGUAAAUCAAUCAAUA